AAAACGUUUCAACAAUCUGAUCCAUUCGGUGGUGAAUUAAUGGAAGCGCUUUUACCUUUUAUCAAAAGCCCUUCCAACGAUUCUUCCGCGUUUGCGUUCUCUCUACCCGCUCCGAUUCCAUACGGGUCGGAUCGAAACUCGUUCUCUCACCAUCUUAGUCCUAAACCGGUCUUAAUGAAACAAACCGGUUCUUCCGCGCCUAAAUCGACGAAGCUAUACCGAGGUGUGAGACAACGUCACUGGGGAAAAUGGGUGGCUGAGAUUCGUUUACCGAGAAAUCGAACUCGGCUCUGGCUCGGAACUUUCGAUACGGCGGAGGAAGCUGCGUUAGCCUAUGACAAGGCGGCGUAUAAGCUGCGCGGCGAUUUCGCCCGGCUUAAUUUCCCUAAUCUCCGUCAUAACGGAUCUAACAUCGGCGAGUAUCAACCUCUUCAAUCAUCAGUCGACGCUAAGCUUGAAGCUAUUUGUCAAAACUUAGCUGAGAUGACUCAGAAACAGGGGAAAUCAACGAAGAAGUCUUCUUCCCGGAAACGUUCAUCAACAGCCGCCGUGAAACUACCGGAGGCUGAUUUGGGAGUUAAACCGGAGGAUUACUCUAGCGCUGGUUCUUCGCCGCCGUUAACGGAGAGUUAUGGAUCUGGUGGAUCUUCUUCUCCGUUGUCGGAUCUGACGUUUGGUGACACGGAGGAGGAGAUUCAGCCGCCGUGGAAUGAGUUUGCGUUGGAGAAGUAUCCGUCGUACGAGAUCGAUUGGGAUUCGAUUCUUCAGUGUUCGAGUCUUGUAAAUUAGUUGAUGCCAUAGGGGUAUUUUAGGAAUAUUAGAUGUCACUGCAAUGGAGUUUUUGGUCAUUUGCGGGGAUAUUAUCAGCUUAUCAUUAUUAGGGGGCUUUAUGUUAAUGUUGAUAAGUUUAUGUACUUUAAUGUAAUUAUUGUUAGUCUCUGCGUCGGUCCAAGCUGGGUUUUUUUGUCAUGCUUCGACCGUGCGAGAUUUUUUUA